AUGGGGUUCCUCAGCUUUACUCUGCUGAUUCUUGGGCUGCUUCGUCUUGUUUCUGCACAACAAACCACUGAUCCAAAUGAAGUGGCUGCCCUUAGAACGAUCAUAAGUUACUGGAACCUUGGAAGUAAGAUCAAUCUAACAAUGGACCCUUGCAACCAAACUGCACCAUGGGCCACUGAGGAUUCUAACCCUCGUGUUGCCUGUGACUGCUCCAGCAAUCCAUGCCACAUCACUCAUUUGAAGAUUUAUGCUUUGGAUGUCAAGGGUGAGAUACCCAAAGAAUUGUUUGAGCUUAAGGAGUUAAUGGACUUGAACCUCGGUCAGAAUGUGUUGAACAGUUCUGUUCCGGCCGAAAUCGGACAACUAUCGAAGAUGCAAUACCUUAGCUUAGGCAUAAACAAUUUAACAGGUGCAGUCCCUUCAGAGCUUGGCAAUUUAACCCAGUUGCUUUCCCUGUUAAGUUCAUAUCUAUCUGCAAUAUCUUCAACAUUUUCAUAUUCUUUUUUGGUUUUAAAAUUAACCAAGAUCCCAUAA